AUGACUAUUCCUCAACAUGUCCCUUCCUCUACUGAGGCUGUCUUCCCCUAUAUCAACCAUGACCCUGCCACCCUCCCACACUCAAUAGACCCCUUCACCAUCACCACUGCUUCGGGGUUUAUGCCUUACAGGAUAGGUCCCACCCACCUACCAGAUGUCUUCAAGCCCCUGACAGACCUUCUCGAACGCAUGCCCGUACUCAAGCUCGAUGGCCAACCCGGUCUGCUAGCCACGUAUGAACUCGGGCAAGCCGUCCAGAGCUUCCCUGAUCUGACUGAUGAGGUCGACAAGGUCCUCACCAAGGAUGGAAAGAGGGACCUCUUCACCCUGACUGCCAUCUUCCGCGACUAUUCUUACAUCGCAUCUGCUUAUAUCCUUGAACCAUGUUGGGAAAACUGGUGCAAGGAUCCUGAAGGUGGAUAUGGACUAGGAAGAGAGUCGCUUCCCCAUGCCAUUGCUGGACCAAUGUGGCGCUGUGCAGAAAUAUUGGACCUUCCCCCUUUCCUGUCCUAUGCUGCCUCAUAUGCUCUCUUCAACUACACCCUUGAGGACCCUUCACGGGGUCAUGAGUAUGACAAUCUGCGUCUUAUUAGAGGGUUUGAACGUGGUCUUGACCCGAAGAGCUCUGAAGCUGGGUUUAUCUUGACCCAUGUCGACAUGGUCAAAGAGACCGCGCCAUUGAUCCACGGAGCUGUCCAAGUGCUAGAUGGCGUAGAGAAUGGCAAUCGACGUGCCGCCGUCAAUGACGGGUUUCGGGAAAUUCUCAAGGCUAUGGAGGUAAUCGAAGCAUCUAUGGAAGAGAUGUGGAAGAACUCCAAGCCCGCUGACUACUUGACCUUCCGUGUUUUCAUCUUUGGAAUCACGUCCCAAUCCAUGUUCCCCAAUGGCGUUGUAUACGAGGGUAUUAAUGAUAACCAUCCCAUGUGUUUCCGAGGAGAAAGUGGCGCCAACGAUUCCAUUAUCCCCCUUCUCGACCACUUACUACAAAUCCCUAUGCCGGAUACACCCCUAACAAAGAUCCUGCACGAAUUCCGCGCUUACAGACCACGCCCUCACCGCGAGUUUCUAGCCCACGUUGCCAGUACAGCCAGUAAACUCAACAUUCGCGACUUUGCCGUGGGCGACGAAGAAACGGCCAUCCUUUACUUGAAGACUCUUGAUCAUGUUCGCAGUUUCCGUUGGCGGCAUUGGCUGUUCGCCCGAGAGUAUAUCAUUCGUCGAACUGCGCAUCCCACUGCUACAGGUGGCAGUCCUAUCGUCACGUGGCUACCCAAUCAACUCUCCGCCGUCAUGGAUCUCAUGAUCGAUAUCUACGAUACUUACCUGAAGGACAAGGCGGCUACUGCAACUGCAACUGUCGAUGAUGGUCCUGCCCUUGCUGCUGAUGAUAUGGUUGCCCUGUAUAAGAAGCAGAUCAUUCCGAUGAUGGAUCAGGUUCAUGACCAGCGAGAGAAGUUGGCGCGUGAGGUGGAGAGGUGGUGUAAGGAACGAGGUGUUUGA